AUGGCUACAGAAUUAGUACCUGAAAACGACAUGAUUGUCCCCAUGUUGGAAGAGCUCAAUUCAGCACUAGAGGGUGAUGAAAUUCCUGCACAUAUAAACUCAUUAAUAGACAAAUGUUCGCUAAAUUUAAGUUCAUUAGCACAAUAUAAUGGAGACGCAACAAGAAUAUUAGUUAAUAUUAAGCGGAUACUACUAGAAAGUUCAAUGGUUCCUAAUGUCGAUUAUAACAGUUUGAUCGAAUUGCUUGAGAAUGUCAUCAAAGUGUGCUCAUUCGAGGAUGUGCUAGAGAUAUAUUCUAUCGAUGAUUUGACGAAGGCGUUGCAAUCAAAAAACUCACUACUUAUAAGUGCUGGGUGUAAAAUUAUAUCUAAAUCCUAUCCAAAAGCAAUAUUUGCACCCUCGAUCUUACUAGAUAUUUUACUGACAUUAUUUUUUGAUACUAACACAGAAACCUUUGUGAUAAAUGCCAUUGAGAAUGUCUUUAAAUCUUUAUCCUCUGAUGAACUUAUCCGGAGGAAAAUAAUGUUUGAUAAUGCCCCAUUAUUGCUGAGAGUAAAGAGAGACUUUGAAGUAACACCGUACUCUAGACUGAUAGCAUUAUUGAAAAUUGAAUUUGAGUAUAUCCAGCCCUCUGAAUUUAACCCAAAGCUUUUUGUUAUUGAUAGGACGGAAUUGUUUAAAUCCAUCGAGACUGAUAUAUUGCUAUUUAUACAGAUAACAAUGUAUUACACUAGGAUGGUUCAAUUAUUGGACACAAUUGAUAUCACCAAGAGAUCACACCUCUGGGCCAGCGAGCAUGUGGUACCAUUAUUGACCUCAUUUGGGGAAAUUUAUGCAAAUUUAUCAUCAUACGAUGAUGUGAGAGUGCAUAGUUUGUCAUUUGUGUUCAAAUUAUUCCGUGCUGUAUCGUAUCUUGACGAUGAAAGCGUAUUUAAGUCAUUAGAUGAAAAUUACCUCAAAUUAUCCAUUGACAACUGCCAUUAUAAAGAAUUUCUCUCUUUUAUAAAUCCAAGUUACCUAGCCAAAUAUCAUAAGAAUCUGGUUAAAUAUCUGUCCGUGGUCAAACCAUCCAACUUAACUGCCAUCAGGAACCUUAUAGCGGAUGAAAAUUGUUUUAAUUUAAUAAAAGAAGACAUUACAACUCAUUCGAUGUUAUCAAUGCCAUAUAUGGAACAAAUGGUUUUAUUAGAAAAAUUGUCACAAUAUCCUUAUAGUGUAAAUUUUAUGAUCCAUUGUCUUCCAAUGAUUAUGUCAAAUCUGAUAGAAAACCCCAAUGGUGAAGUAAUUGAAACGGAAACAGUCGAGUUAAGAAGAACAACAGUAGAAAAUUUGUUGAAGUUUAGUGAAGAGGAUUUAAAUGUUUGGUACAUCCCACUGAAGAAACUGUAUGCGACAAUGAGAAAUGGAACAACCUCAAACGGGGCUGCACAACCCAAGAUUGCUACUACCUACUUAUAA